AUGUCAAGUGUCCCGCAAUGCAUGGCGACAUUGGCGACGCUUUAUUGUAAAGUGACCCUAGACCGGCUAAGUAAAUGUCAAAACAGUCGAGAAAUUCUUAGGGGAGACAUGCGCAAUGGAGGUGCGAUCAAUGCACCCCGGCGGAGUGCGCGCGCCACCCUCGCUCCACCGCGACACGGCUAUCUACGCAGUUCCACACAAAAAACACCUUCUGUAAAACCGAGCUCGCUCAACGGAUCGCCCUUGAGUGAAAACUUCCGU